AUGCCGGACAAUCGGCCAACUCGUUGGGCUGCCGAAGUCCUCUCAUGUGCACUUGGUUGGCGCGAUUGCGGACUGCUGCACAUGCAAAGUGAGGCCGAAGCGCUGCGAAAUGGUGUAAACAAUGCACAAUGUUUGCGUAGCUGCUUAACUGACUAUCACACUCGGCCCAGUCCGUGCAGGCUUCGAUUUCACCAUCGGUACAGGGUCUUAACGAGCCUCACAGUCGCCGGGUUAUUCAUGUUCCACUCUCUAACGCUCGUGGCGAGCGGAAGCUUGACGACAGCGAAUGCAUGCGACCGGUUCCAGUGUGGGCGCCGAGGCAGCGAGACCGGAUGUGUCCAAGCGAGCCGGUGA